UUUUAUUUCGACGGUCCCUAACAAUUCUAGGGCUUUCCGCAAAUCCCGGCACCGGGGGAGGCAAGAGCGCGCGGGCCACGGCUCCUGGGAGAGGACGUCUUCGCCUCGCUCCGGUGCACGGGAGCUCCAGGACGGCGGCGCCCGGCCCCAGCACCGCUCCUGGCCUGGAGGACGGGGGCGGGGGCGGGGGCGGGGGGCGGGCGUCCCGUGGGAGGCUCCCAAUCCCUGCGUGACGCGCCCGGCUCAUUCCAGCUCCGGGAGGCAUUUCGGCGGAGCUGCUGGCUGGAUCCCACAGAGGCAGGCGCCCCCGCUCAUGGCCCCCCCGGCACCCGCGGCCGCCUGGGGCUUCUUUCUGCUCGCGCUCGGGCCGGUGGCAGCUAUGGAAACGUUCACCUCUGGCACCCUGGAAGCGUUGAACGGGACCGACGUGCGCUUGAAGUGCACCUUCCGCAGUCCAGUCCCAGCGGGGCCGAAGCUGACGGUUUCCUGGUACUUCCAGUCAGAGCUGAAGGAGCCCCUGGAGGCGGUGUUCUACUACAACUUGGAGGCUUACCCCUCCAAAUCAGGCCGCUUCCUAGGCAGAAUCACCUGGGAUGGCAACGUACACAAAGACGACGCUUCAGUUAUGCUCCACAAUGUGAGCCCCAAGGACAAUGGGACUUUCCAGUGCCAUGUGAAGAACCCACCUGAUGUGGACGGUGACAUUGGCGAGAUCCGGCUGAGUAUUGUGCUGAAAAGGAGCUUCUCAGAGGUGCAUAUUUUGUUCCUCACCAUUGGCAUUUCCUGUGCUGCAAUGGUCAUCCUUGUUGUGGUCGUGGUGAUCUGGCGUCAUUGGCGAAGGACGCAGCAAGACAAGACAAGGGAGGUGGGCAGGUCAGAGCAAUUGAAACUGAAGGAAGGCGGAGAGGAAAAGGAGACCCCUCUGUCAGGACAGGGGACCUGUCGGUCUUGAUCCACCCAUGGAUGGUGUGGCCUGCUGGAGUGGAGAUGGCAAAGAUGCUUGUGCUCCUGGCCUUGAAGGAGAAGACCUCCUGCACACAGAAGGCCUGUAGGAGACAAAACCUCACCUUCUGCCCAUGUGACACCAAAGGUCUGCCUAGCCAGUCUUCUCCAUAUGCUUGAAGCAGCAGCCCUCCCCUGCCCACCUUGAGUAUGGGUUGCCUUUGGCUUGGUGACUGAAGACCUCAGGGCACUGGCCACCUAGUUGAGGUCAGCAGAAGAUCUGGUCAAGACAGACUGGCCAGGCAAAGCUUGGCGAAAGGGGAUGGGGAACCGCUUUGCCAACUGUUCUGCUCUCUUUCCUGGGCCAAAGCCCAGGCAAAUGGCUAAGGGGGAGCCCCCAACCACUUUGAAAAGGGCCUUCUCUUCAAACAGGAUCAAGCCCCUUUUUCUGUGGCCCGCCCUGCCUGGAGUAGCAGGAACCCUGCCUGAUUCUGUGCAGGCAGAGGAUCUCUGAAAGGGAGUGAGGAACCAGUUCCUGCUAGGGGCAGCGAUUCUGUCUCCUUCAUGGUCCCCCAGCCCAGGCUGGCAGCAUAAAUCUCCUCCUUAAAACCAGGGUUUGCUUUCUCCUUCAGGAGGAUUUAAGAGCCCUGGACAAAAAAAAAUUCUGACCAUUGAGCCCCUUUUAUGCAGCACCACUAUAGCAACCCUGCCAACAGCUACCUCUAAAACUCACAAGCUUCAGAUAUUAGAGGACUGUCCGAUGGAUUUCUUAUGGGGCACUCUUUCAUAUCCUUAGGUGACACACUUUCAUACACUAAUUUAUUUGAAGUGUCUUGUUAAAUUUUGUAUGCAAAUGGAAUAUUUUAUAAUAAAGGUACAAUUGCCUGGGA